ACUUGACUUACCACAUAUUCAAACGUUGAAGAUGACAGGCGCUAACUACAUGGGAGGGAAGAGGAACGCUGCUCGAGCACGCACCAAAGACAGUACAGGUCGGGUUCAGAAGCGACAUUUUGGUCAACAGAGGUUGGCAGCAGCAUUAAGCAACACGAAGGAAGGAAGGGCAAAGCCUGAAAAGAUGUCUCUGAAGUCUGUUCUACAUCAAAUCAAUCUUGCUCAUGCACAACGAGACGCAAAAAUCAAAGCCAAUUACCCCUCCACGGCGCAUAGUAUAAGCACAUCGUGCGACACAUCAUUCGCCCGAGGAAUCUCAUUUGGCACCCCAAAGCCGCGGCGCCGCAAACAACCUUCGAAGAUACUUCGAAUGCUUGAUUUUUCUGAUCGUAUGUGAUAUACCCUGAUGUGUGUUGAUCUGUCUUAUAUAAUGCACUGAUCGUGUCAGCGGUAGCCUAUCGUGAUGCAAUUGACCGCAUAUUAUCAAUCCCUCUGUCAGAAAUGAUUGGACUGCCCCUGCAAGGGAAGUUAUCCCACUCGGACUCGGAAGAUGGAGGCCCUGGCAUUGAUCCCGAAGAACAUCUUCUCCUGCCUAUCGA